AUGCAGUUGAAAACUUCUUGCUGCCAGUCAGCAACAACAGACUCAGCAUCCUCAAGAAGUGUUGGAAGCCUGGAGGACUGUCUGACUGGGAAGGUUUGGUCAGGUUGUGGUGAAGGACAUGGUGACGGUGAGCAAGAUGACAUGCGAGGAAACGGAGAGGCAGAUGGAAGUGACGAUGACAUAGAAGGAAGCGAUGAGGAAGAUGAGGCAAUAGAUGAUGAGGAGGAGAAGGUAAGAGACAAUGAUGAGGAGGCAAGAGACGUUGAUGUGGAGGCGAGAGAUGAUGAUGUGGAGGCAAGAGACGAUACAGAUGACGAGGAUAAUAAAACGGGGCAACCAUCUAAACAUAGGAGCGAUAGAGAAGAAGGAACAUUGCCAGUGAUAUUGGCAAUAGUCGGACCUAGAUUGCAAAUUAGCAUGUUAAGCUAUAAAGAUAAUGCGAGACUUACUGCACCAGAGCACUGGGAAAUUCUAAACCGAACUAGGGUUUGGUAUAGCUUUGGCACAGUCCCUCAGCAGUUCGAGAGUAAUGAGGCGCCCUGGAACUUCGCACCCGCUCAUUUUCCGACUGCCAUUUUUUUUGGUAACCAGCUUGCAGAAACUGGUAACCUUCGAAGCAAAAGUCAUGUUCAGAGCGUAGCUCUUCCGGCGGAAGCAUCAGGUGUAACUCAUGAGACGUCAGGUUCGUCAGCAGUGGUUGACCUGAUGAGGACAAGGAAAGAGAGGUGGUACUCCUGCAAGCGACGCUGCAAAGGCAAAAAGCUUCGCAGUAUAAAGCUUCAGCUGUCCUAG